AUGAAGGUAACCAUGAACCUGCUGGCUCUGCCAACACCUUAUUUAAGUGGGAGCAGUGCUCAGUAUCCCCACGAUGGCGAGCUGCCCGACAUUAGCUACAGGUCCCCCUGGAUCAGAGGUGGGAAACGUGCAUCUUAUGAAAAACCUCAAGACAUGGACACAAUCAGCACUCAACCCUCUGAAAACAUUCGCGAGCAGUUUGUUAAAGAGUCAGUUUUGGAGGAAAAGUUUCAGUUGUCACCCGUGGUAGUGGACACUCUUCAGCUGAACACACAGAACUUCACUUCCUUUUCAAGCAUCCGUGGUCGUAUGAAUACUUCUGCUGAACCACUGGACGAGCAGUUUUCAGUUCUGGAUGUACUGGAUUUCAUUAAAAAGUCCCUUGCCAACAAGUCAACAGAUAUUUUCCAGUAUGAUGUACCACAAGAAAAGGGCAAAGACUCAAAGAUGAUUGGAGUCCUGAUGGAGCCAGAGUUUGCAGGGCCCCUGCUGCCUGCUGCUGAAAUGGAGCUGGAUGUGACUCUGAGCCCGGCUCCUGGUAAAAGGCCUGCUCACAUCUGCGUGUCAACUUCACAACUCCUGGAGGAGGACGCAUCUCCUAUUAGUGGACUGCCUUUGUUGUCAGCAAAGACUCAGAAGGAGCUGAAGGUGGAACUUUGGAAAUCUGAGAAGAAUCUAAUGUUCGUGGCGGCCUUUCUCUUGUCAGAGCCUCAAAUGUAUGAGCCAGCUUCCGACUUCCAGCCUCUGCGUGAAGCCCUGACAGCCAUUAGAUUACAGAAAGAAGAAGUAGUCACUGCUGUGGACAGUCUGAAUGUACAGGUGGAUCCAAGAGUCUCCCAAGGUUUGAACUGCAGGUGUGAGUUCACAGUUAACUCCAAGUCUAAGUUAAGCCCAACCAGGGAGGAGGAAAAGGAAGCAUUCACAAAACUGCUGCCUGAACAUGUGGAAGACAGAUCCCCCCUGCUGGACCUCCAUGAAGAAACCACUGUUGAUAGAUCAGAGAUCACCUUCAUCUCACACACUGUCACCACAAACUUUAUGGGAAAAGAAACUGCAGCAAUCAUCAGCAUUGAAGAGGAAAUAUCAGAAAAGAGGACCUCUGCUCACACUAAUAACAGAACUGGUGAAUGUGACUGGAAGGUGGAGCCAUGCGUAAUCACACCUGUGCUGAAUACCAGAGUGACUCCAACAAGUCGUCACGAGGUCUUCAAGAGACAUCAGACAAAGAACGACCUGGAUCCUCUGUCCACCUUCAUGAUGCUGAGGUCACAGCAGAAGCCCCCAGUCGCCGCAGCACACCAGAGCUCAGACACCACCACAGAGGAGAGCCGACAAACCGCACAGAAGGAGCUGCAGCCCUCUUCAGAGCGGCUCCAAAUGUCUGACAGGAGGGCAGAGUACACUGAUAUCGCUGUGGUGGGAGAAGCCUCCAGAGAUCUGAAACCUGCUGCUCAGUGGCGGAGUAAACCCCUGGAUCUGCCCGUCAGUGUGUCCCAGCCACAGGACAGACAGACGCUGAGGGUGGUGCAGGUUCAGGCUACAGCCAGCCAGCUGCACGUCUACUGCGAGCUGCUGGCCUUUGCUCGGCCGUAUUUAAGCUCCGCCAGAGAGAUGGGACUUAACUUCCAGAAGUCGGUGGACUUCAGCUGCUUGGCACCGGACCAAACGCACUUCCUUCUCAAACAGCAGGAGAGGGCCCUCUGCAGGGCUCCCGCUCAGAGUGCAGACCUGGUCAGGGAUCAGGAGAAGCUUUUCAACCAGGCCGCUCUGAUCCAUAUGCUGGUGUCGUUCAAAGAGCUGCUGCUGAAGUGUGAUAUAAGCCCUGCUCUGGAGUACCUGACAGAGGCAGCCAAAGGCUGUGCGGAGCAGAGCCUGAAGCGGCUGCUGAAGAGGCUGCAGGUCAUCCUCUACCUCAGCCGCAAGAAGCAGGAGCCCAACCUCAAACUGCUGGAGCUCCAGCGGCUGCUGGCCGAGUGGCUGCGCAGCAGGACAGGCCACAACAAGAACAAGGUCCUCGUCAUACACUCGGUAGACUCGGAGGACAGCAGAUCAGAGAUCAGCAGCAGCUUGAACCAAGUGACAGGUCUGGACGUGACUCCGGUUUGUCUGGAUGAAGGCCAGAAACAGCUGAACGGAGCCAGCGUGGUAAACAGCGUGGGCAGCAGUGACUGUGCGCUGGUGUGUGAGCGGCACAUCGGUCCAGACUUCCCCUGGAGCUGCUUCUCUCUGGUGGUGGAGCUGGACCGUCCAGGCCAGUCUCCCUGGUCCAGGGUCUGCAGGGAGAGGAGCCUCAGCCACCUCAGCUUCAGCACCAGCAUCUCUGACUCUGAGUGCGCCCCCUGGUGUCUGGAGGAUCACGUUCCCUAUGUGCUGUUUGUGACUGAGGGCCUUUUAAACUGUCCCCAGCUGCUGCAGACUCUGGAGUCUGGCUUUAAUGUGACCGUCCUGGAGAGGAACCACCCUCCAACCUUGCAGGGACUCGGGGGGAUCAGCAACUACGCUCUUAUCACAGUGGACGAAAGCACCGUUAUCAUCAUUCAGGAGCAGGAAGAACUGUGUCAGGAGCGAGCCAGUGAAAGCCUGGUCAUGAGGCUGGCUGCUCUCUCUCUUCAGUACAGCUGCUGUUGGCUCAUCCUGCACUGCCCGGACAGUCGGGGAGGCGGAUUUUCCAGCGAAGCCUUUAACAACUUGGUCUUAGUUUAUUCGUCUCUGGUGCUUUUCGGUGGGAAGUCUGAGAAUCUGAAUGUGAAGGUGCUGAUAGUGUCAGAGGUGCUUGAAAUGGCCAACUUCAUCAACCAUAUCUGCUUCACCGCCCUGAUGUCCAGUGACAGGGACCCGCUGAGCUACCUGACCAGAGACUGGCUGACUGUGAUGCCUUCACAGGAGGAGGAGAGUCUGUCUCUGUUCCCCUCCAUCAACCCUCUGGUCGGUCAGCUGAUGCUGAAGCGAGCUCCGUCCCUGCAGUGGCUCCUGGGGGCCCCCCUCCCUCAGCUGGAGGAGCUGCUGCCCGAGGUGCCGCAUAAAGUCCUAAAGCUGUUCAGUGACAUCACCUCCCUGUACCGGACCGAUUCCGGACCGAGUGAGACUAACAGGGACGCCGGCCUGUGGACCCCCUCCGGGGACUGUGAGCCCCUCAGCGGGGACCACAGCGUCAGCCCCCUGUUCGGAGCCGCCCCCGGGGGGGCCGACUUCUGCCAGCAGGCCUCACAGUCCACCGACUUCAAACUGGACCUGAAGUGCCCGUUUGAGGGUCCGGACGUGGACAUCCAGAGACACUGGACCAGAGAGGAGCAGAAGGGUCCCGCCUGGAGGAGCAGAGCCAGAGCCACCGGGAGGGUCGUUGAGAGAGUGAGCGAUGAGUGGACACCGAUGGCCCCACAGAGAGACUUCACCUUUCACCAGCACCUACCGGGCAGUCCUCUCAAACUGGACUUCAGCCCCGUCCUGCAGCCCUCUGACCACAGUCGCAGAUCCCUGCACCCCCCCGCCGGCAGGGACCUCCUGCACCCCCUCGACCAGCUCAGUCCAGCUCUAGACGUUCUGUGGGGACACGGUCAGAGUGAAAGUGGGGGCUCAUUCAGAGGUGCGGACAUGAGGGCGGUUCCAGGGGGCUCCGGGUGCUGGAGGGGUCUGGAGAGGAAGAGGAGCGGAGAAGCAGCUGGUGUGGUGGGACCAGUGUUGAAACCCGUGAAGAGAGGAAAGCUGAGCUAUGAGCGGGUGCCUGGCAGAAGUGAUGGCCAGACCAGGCUCAGGUUAUUUUAG